AUGUCUCUCAUUUCCCUGGCCAGCAUCUUGCGUCGUUGGCGGUGGAUAUGGGUCCUCUUUCGACGCCAAUUCUGGCGACUCGCCUCUGUUGUUGGUCUGACGUCGAUCAGCACUCCGAGUUCGAAAAUAGACGGACUAGCUGGGAACAAGGGGAAAUAUCAACUAUGGGUCGCGCGUUCUGAGAUGCCCGUGACGAUGGCGGCAUCCGUGCAGGCUGAAAGAGGCAACACUCCUGACUUGGUUGGUUCGUCCUCCGGUUAUUCGACGGUACACUGUGCUCCGUCCCGUUCGGACUCGUCGCACAGCUCGGUCACUGUCAGCACUCCGUACCAAUUACAGAGACCGGACUCGUCGGUUGCGGUUAUCGCACCGAUUCUGCCAGAGCAGUUCGCGCGUUACCGACUACGGCAAACUAUUCCUCAAGAAAAAACUGAACUUGAGCAACAUCUUAGCAUUCAACCAGAAACGUUUGACCUAUCCAUUGAUCAUAUUGACCCAAUUGGCUGGACAGCUAUCCUUCAUCCUGAGGGUGCUCGUUAUUUUCAUCAUCAAGACCGGCGCAUAUUCACCGACGCAGACAUCGGGCGACCAGAGAACCUGAGAAAUAUCGAACGUGUUGUCGAACUUGUAGUCGAGGUCAUUCGCGACUCGGGAACUGAUCCCGGCCCAUACGCAGCGUUACUGGGCGAAGGGCCGAUACGAAACGACCGUUUAGUUGAUCUGGUUAUCGACAUUGACCCGUUUGAGAAGAAACCGGGCACUGGUUUUUAUUACUUCAUCGACCACUCGCAUCAAACCCCGUUCUGGAUUCAACCUUUUCAGGCUGAAGAGUUGGAGAUAUGGGACCAGAUCCGUGGGCCCAUCUCCAAGCCUCAUCUCCGGCAUGCUAUGGAGUCGCAGUAUUGGCAGCAUUGCAUCAUGUUCCCCAGUGGUUUCACCGUCUGCGAGGAAGGCAUACGGCAGCUGAAGGAUCUCCUGGCUUUUAGUUUAACAGACAUGACUGUCUCUUCAACUUCUACCAUUACUGCAUCUGUGGACGAGCUUAGGCAUUGGAUGGCUGUCGCUAAAAAUAUGCAAAUCGGUGGCUUGGGAUCUGCAACAUCAUAUGCCAAAAUCAUGGACUCUUUCGCACAAACUAAGUUCCUCAAUUUCUACGGCCUUCCUUGUGCACGAUUAAAUCAAGACCAGUCUGUCUAUGCAACACCCUCUCGUCCCUCUCGUCUGUUUGGACUGGCUUCUUUGCUACUAUUUUUUGCUCCGGGGCCAUAUCUCGAAGCUCUCGAGAAAGCUUACAUCGACGACCUAGUGAUUGCCCGCCUGUGGCAGCCAUUCAUCAACAAACUGAACAUCCAGUGGCAAGAUUUUAUUCUCAUUGACACAGUGAUUCUUGCAGCCAACGUCGCGUUUCUCUCUAUUGAUAGUGUCGAUUCUUUGACGCCAAGCGGCCAUCACACCAUGGUGCAAACGCUCAGCUACGUUUCGACCCUUGCGAGUGCGGGAUCUAUCAUGAUUGGGUUCCUUCUUGUUCGACAGAAUCGCACUAAGUUUCAUGACACAGCGGCAGCAAUUUCCGCAUCUGUUCAUCGACGAACAAGCAAACGAUUUGGACUUGAGCCAUUGGCGGUAAUAUUCGCACUUCCCUAUUCGCUUGCGAUAUGGUCAAUGCUUGCAUUUUUUGGCGCUGUUCUGGUGACUUGCACCGACACCAACGACGCGGCGAGGACGAUAACCAGUGUUAUUGCGGGCGUUGUUGGAAUCUUGGUGCUUUGUUUUUUGUGUUUCUUUCUUGGUAUCGAGCAGUCAAGUGCGCCAGACGAAGAAACUGGCGGCAGCUCUCUCAUGAACCUAUGGCGCGUUAUACAUCGCUUGCUCCCCGGCCAAGGCCACCAAGACGAAUAUGAGCUUCUUCCAGAGACAUCUUCUGCCCACCAUGACUCUCGACCACGAGGACGCAGGAGACCCUACUCGACAUACACACGCUGGUUCACGCUGAGGCGGUUGGCGAUUCUAAUUAUCGUCAUGCCUUUCCUUCUCGUCUUCGGAGUGCUAUUAAGCGGAGUCCCACCUACCUACUCCGACAUACGAGCGUUUGAGGCGGCCUUGCCUCAGCACAACGUUAGCAUUCUGUCUGGUGUAGAUCCACCAUUGUACCUUCGGUUUCCUGGGCAUUUGUGGGGUCAUGGGCUGAAUAACGUGCUGCAAGAAGCGAUUGUCAUGGGCUAUGUUGCUCAUCGCUCAAACCGGGUCUACGUAUUCGAAGACUACACCUGGUCCCACCUUCCCCUUCCCUACACCAUUUACGACUUCGCUUUACGCUCAACACGGAUACCUCUGAACGCAUUCAUCGUCGGUCCCUUGGCUGGUGGCGCUUUACCGCCUCCGAACGAACUCGCCGCCCCCAAACGCGCCGUUAGUGCAGCUUUCUACGAGCAAGUUUGCCCUCGCAGCGUUGUCCAUACUGUAUCAGCAAUGGGAGCGCCAACAGAAGCAGAAGGCAGUGCACUUGUUGAGUGGUGGGUGAAGCAACUGUCAGAUGUGCAGGGAGUCCGCUGUGUUGAGAUCGACUCAACGGAACAACCCGUCUUUGACCGCUUUCUGUUUGGCUCCCCACGGGUUCUAUCGCUGCUGCCAGGCUUAUAUGCGUCCCCAAUUCUUGGGGCAUUUGCGUGGUCGCCACUUGUCCACAGCGCGGUUGCCCGUAAUUUUGCUGUACUUCGACCUACCGACCCCGCCGCGCUCUACCCCCCACUUCGCUCACUCACCCUCUCCUCCACGCCAUCCGACUCAGACAUAAAGCACGUGUUGGCUGGACUCGUCGCUGUCCAUCUUCGUCGCGGAGAUUACAAACGACAUUGUCAUCGACUCGCGCAAUGGGGCUCUGGUUACAUGGGUGUCAACACCCAUCCCGCUCUCCCUGAUCGGUUUGUCAUUCCCUCACUCGCUGGUCCGGGUUCCAACGGGACGGCUACUUCAAAAGAAAUCGAGGCUCAUUAUCUUGAGCACUGUCUUCCCUCGCCUCAGCAGCUCGCCAAACGCCUCCAUGAAAUCCGAGCGGAACAUGCUGCAAGGCACCCUGAGCGGCCGCCAUUACAGCGCGUCUAUAUUUUGACCAACGCGUGGGGUUGGUUUGUCAACAGUGUGAGAUCAGAGUUGAUUACGGAUGGAUGGAGGGAGAUUUGGGCCAGCGGCGACAUUACCCUCGAUCCAGCACAGGCCGGAGUUGGUAUGGCGGUCGACAUGAGGAUAGCGGAGGGAGCAGAGGUAUUUCUCGGCAAUGGAUUCUCGAGUCUGACCAGCAACAUUGUGAUGCUUCGGUUAGCGAGGGGUUUGGAGGCUGCAAGUAGUCGUUUCCUCUGA